AUGGACGAUAUCUACAAGGCAGCGGUUGAGCAGCUGACGGAGGAGCAGAAGAAUGAGUUCAGGGCCGCCUUCGACAUCUUCGUCCAGGAUGCAGAGGACGGCUGCAUCAGCACGAAGGAGCUGGGGAAGGUGAUGCGGAUGCUGGGGCAGAACCCCACCCCCGAGGAGCUGCAGGAGAUGAUUGACGAGGUGGAUGAGGACGGGAGCGGCACAGUGGACUUUGACGAGUUCUUGGUCAUGAUGGUCAGGUGUAUGAAAGAUGACAGCAAAGGGAAGUCAGAAGAGGAGCUCUCUGAUCUCUUCCGGAUGUUCGACAAAAACGCCGAUGGUUACAUCGACCUCGAGGAGCUGAAGAUUAUGCUUCAAGCCACCGGGGAGACCAUCACAGAGGACGACAUUGAGGAGCUCAUGAGGGACGGAGACAAGAAUAACGACGGCAGAAUUGACUACGACGAGUUCCUGGAGUUCAUGAAGGGAGUUGAAUAG